ACCGUUUUGGCUUCGUGUUCGUAUGAGUAGAGACCGCGCAGAUUUUGUCCGGAUCAUCCGGAACUUAUUUUGCAUUAGAGACGCUGUAGCCGGCGGGAUUAAAGGACAGUUCCACUUCCGGUAGCACCGGAAGCAAUUUUAAGAUGGCAACUUCUGUAGACACGCCUGCCAAAGAAGCUCGAAAAAGUGACUCUCGGCAGCAGAAACAGAAGCGUGAGAACCAAGAUGAGGGAGAGCUCCUCACUGUACCUGAUGGUUGGAAGGAACCAGCUUUUUCCAAAGAGGACAAUCCCAGAGGACUCUUGGAGGAAAGCAGCUUUGCAACCUUGUUCCCAAAAUACCGAGAGGCUUACCUGAAGGAGUGCUGGCCGUUGGUCCAGAAAGCCCUGAAUGAACAUCAUGUUAAAGCAACGCUGGACUUGAUUGAGGGUAGCAUGACUGUUUGUACAACAAAGAAGACUUUUGACCCUUACAUCAUCAUUAGGGCCCGAGACCUAAUAAAGCUCUUAGCAAGGAGCGUCUCUUUUGAACAGGCAAUACGGAUACUUCAGGAUGAUGUCGCAUGUGAUAUCAUUAAAAUCGGCUCUCUAGUGAGAAAUAAAGAGAGAUUUGUGAAAAGAAGACAGCGGCUUAUUGGUCCCAAAGGAUCGACAUUGAAGGCUUUGGAACUCCUGACAAACUGUUACGUUAUGGUUCAGGGGAACACCGUGUCGGCCAUCGGACCUUUCAGUGGCCUGAAAGAGGUUCGAAAAGUAGUCCUUGAUACCAUGAAGAAUAUCCAUCCAAUUUAUAACAUUAAAACCUUGAUGAUUAAACGGGAGUUGGCAAAAGACUCUGAGUUACGAUCGCAAAGUUGGGAAAGAUUUUUGCCACAGUUCAAGCACAAAAAUGUGAAUAAGCGCAAGGAACCGAAGAAGAAGAGUGUCAAGAAGGAGUACACACCCUUCCCUCCCCCACAGCCCGAAAGUCAGGUUGAUAAAGAACUGGCUAGUGGGGAAUACUUUUUGAAGGCGAAUCAGAAGAAGCGGCAGAAAAUGGAAGCAAUCAAGGCUAAACAAGCAGAAGCUCUUACAAAGAGGCAGGAAGAACGAAACAAAGCAUUUAUUCCACCUAAGGAAAAGCCGGCUGUGAAGCCAAAGGAAGCUUCUACUGAAACGAAGAUUGACGUGGCUGCCAUCAAGGAAAAGGUUAAGAAGGCGAAGGCCAAGAAGCUGGGCGCUCUUACAGCAGAGGAAGUUAAGCUCAAGAUGGAGGCUGACAAAAAGAAGCAGAAGAGAAAAAAGUAACAUCGGAAAGACUCGGACUUUCUACUGUUUCCUUUCGUAAAGGAUUUUGAGAUGCAAAGACUUUAGCUGAGUCAAACUCAGAAAAUCCUGACCAUUUUCUUCUGCUCAUGGACGUGCACUUUGUAAAUACAAAGGUGGAGGAUGCCUGUGCAUUCCUUGUGCCCAGCCAGCCCAGGCACACUUGGCCCAGAUGUUUUAGGAACACCUGUUGUUUUAAAUUGUACAGAUUUUUGUAAUGAGACUGUUACUCAUCAAUGUUUGUUGCCAUUGACUGGUCUUUGUAAACAUACCCAAAAGAUUUGGUUUUGAGGAAAAUUUCCACUCGAUUUUGUUAUUUUACUCCAGAAUUUAAAAAGAAAACCUCACAAGCAGAAAAUCCAAGGCCUCCA